UUCGUGACAUCCAGUCCGUCGUCACUGCCCGAGUCCCUCGCUUCGUCUUGGCACUAGCGUUGUUUACAAUCAAAGAGCAGUGGUUCUCAUGGCGACUUCAGAGAAGCAAGUCAUGGUGGCGGGAAUUGACGAGUACGAUCACAGCAUCUACGCCCUCCAAUGGACUCUCGAUCAUUUCUUCGCGAACGGUCCCAAUCCUAUAUUCAGGCUCGUCCUUGUUCAUGCUAAACCUACUGCUGGUUCCGCUGUUGGCCUUGCAGGCCCUGGAGCUGCUGACGUUCUGCCUGUCGUCGAUGCCGAUUUGAGGAAGAUUGCUGCCAGAGUUGUCGAAAAAGCUAAAGAAAUCUUCAAUAGUAAAUCGUUGAAUGAUGCUGCAGUGGAAGUAGUAGAAGGUGAUGCAAGGAAUGUUCUCUGUGAUGCUGUAGAAAGACAUCAUGCUUCAAUGCUGGUGGUGGGUAGUCAUGGUUAUGGAACUAUAAAGAGGGCGGUUCUAGGUAGUGUAAGCGACUAUUGUGCACAUCAUGCUCACUGCUCUGUGAUGAUAGUGAAGAAACCAAAAACGAAACACUGAUGAUCUGCAUUAUAGCAGCAGACGACAAUAAAGAGCUCACGCUGGCAUCGAUCGGCGAUAGAGUGGUUUCAGGAAUUUCAUGAAAAUAUUUGUAGUGGCGUGUGUGCAGUAUAAUUUCACUCCGUAUUGUUGUAUUCUUAAUUUAAACUAUUAUAGAAGACUACUAGUUGUUACGCAGGUGCUGGAUAGUUUCCCUUUCCAAUACCUACUUUAUUUUAA